AUGAUGAGUACGAAUUCAAAUCGAAGCAAAGAAAUUGAAGAAAAAAUCAAUUUACUCAAUGAAAGUUGCCAUACAACAACUGAUUCAAUGAAUAAACUUCAACAAAUAUGUGCUAAUCAAUUAUUAGAUAAUACAAAACAUUAUCAAUUGGAUGUUUUAAAUCGUCUGGAUACAAUCGAAAAAAAAAUCGAAAAUUUUAAUAAUGAUAAUAUUCAAUGA